AUAAAUGAUAUGAAGGUGAAAUGGCGUAGCCCUAUUAUUUUACCAAAUGAGUAUUAACUUUCCAAGAAGUAGGUACAAUGUUUUCUCAAUAAAAACUAUCAAGGUCAGUUUGGCGAUAAGGCAGCCAUUUAAAUUGGCAAUUUGUUUAAUUACUCCCGCGCUCGCUACACGAUCAGACGCCAUGCUUACAAAAUGGACGCGCGCAUUCACGCAUGCGUGCUGUUUCUGUUAUGUCUCCUUCUUGUACAGAUAACUCGACCGUACAGCAUACGGAACCACCCAUGUUGUCAAGAACCCAACGAGAACCUCACGCUGGCUAUGAUCAUAGAUGCAUUCGAGAUCUACGGCCACGACCCCACGGACAAGCUGGACAACCUGUGGCUUUACCAGAAUGAAAUGUUAAGGGUUAAGACUGCUGAAGACCAGUAUCUUAUCAAUGAAAGAAUCCACAUAGCUACAGAUCAUUUGGGACGUUUCGUUAAACUCCACAUCCAAGAACUAAAGGUCCUGCUGAUCACGUUAGAUGACGUCAUAGACAACAUGCUGACGAUGUACGAGAACCACAACUCGGUGGCUGCUGAAAGAAAGGCCACCUACACGGGAGGACCAGUGCCUAUGGAGUUCUAUAUGAGCCAAGAAUUUUACUGCGGAAAAAACGUGUACAUCUUCAUGUCGGAGCUAUACAGCGACAUUUACAACAUGGGCCGAGGAGUUGCACCCUACUGCAAGGACCGGUCCUUCGUGUUCCUCGGCUUCCUGCACUUCCAUGACGAAGCCAAGUACUAUCUCCUGGACGACCCCAGCAUCUCCUUUCCGACGGACAAUUACUUGCAUGGCUUGGAGUGCCAUAUAGGCAUUUGUGUGUUCAGGUUUCCUUUCAAAAAACUCUUACAAAGAAUCCGUGACGUGUCCACAUUACCGAAGGCUAUCGUCAAAUGCGGCACAGAGAUGUACAAGCUGCCGCCACUGUCUGCUGCAUCCUGCAUCAUCACGUCAGGCUCCUUUAUACUGGACUUCAAUAUCCAAGGCGUUCGGUACCGGCACCACGACUAUUUGCUUACUUUACCUAAUGGCAACACGUACUACACCAAAGAACCCCACUCCCCGUUGAUCUGCGAUCAUCACGUCUGCGAGUGGAACUACACUAAUCAUUAUGGAGGUCCGUUCCUAAUUCCGGGCGACCCGGGCACUGGUAUCGACGCAGUGCCGCCUUACAUCGAACCGACACCCAAGACUGACGGAGGAGAUGGAGAUGAGGAAAACAUCACUGUGCCUUAUAUCCUUGAUGGGUGUUUGUUCAUGUACCCACCGAACUACGGGUCCAUCGCGGGCAAGAGUUACCUGGAUUCCAUCGAUCUACACGACGACAGGUUUACUUGCAACGCUGCUGGCGGAAAUAAGGGUCUCUACUGGUACCCGCAAUGGAUGGGUGCGGCCCCUCACCACCCAUACCCUGCCAUGGGCGAUGAUAAGGAUUACGAACCCAACGGACCGUUCUACGCGCACCAACAGGGCUACGACAUGGACGAACAGGACAUUGAAUAAUAUAUUAUUUUGUAG